UUCAGCAUAAAAUUUAAAAUGGCUCUGUAUAAUUUCAAAAAGAUCACAGUGGUGCCAUCAUCGAAAGACUUCAUUGACAUCACAUUAUCAAAGACACAGAGAAAAACUCCAACUGUAGUUCAUAAAAGUUAUCCGAUCUCCAGAAUACGAGCGUUUUAUUUACGGAAAGUUCGAUACACUCAACAGAACUACCAUGAUAGAUUGAGUCUGAUUCUUACAGAGUUUCCUAAACUUGAGGAUGUCCAUCCAUUUUAUGCAGAUCUAAUGAACGUUCUCUAUGACAAGGACCAUUACAAACUUGCUCUCGGACAAAUCAACACUGCUAAACAUCUUAUUGACAAUGUUGGUCGUGAUUACGGUCGACUAAUGAAAUAUGGUGAUUCAUUAUAUCGAUGCAAACAAUUGAAAAGAGCAGCUCUUGGUAGGAUGUGCACGAUAAUGAAACGACAAAAACAAAGUCUGGAAUAUUUAGAAGAGGUCCGACAACACAUGUCUCGUUUACCAAGCAUUGAUCCAAAUACAAGGACUUUACUGAUCAGUGGAUUUCCAAAUGUUGGGAAAUCUAGUUUAAUUAAUAAGUUAACUAGAGCAGAAGUUGACGUUCAACCAUACGCCUUCACUACCAAAUCAUUAUUCGUUGGACACAUGGAUUAUAAAUACUUGAGAUGGCAGGUCAUUGACACUCCGGGAAUCCUAGAUCAUCCACUAGAGGAGCGCAAUACAAUUGAAAUGUUGUCGAUAACCGCUCUUGCUCAUCUACGUUCCGCAGUGAUUUACGUCAUGGAUAUCUCGGAACAAUGUGGUCAACCACUAGAGGCACAAUUGCAACUUUUCAAAAAUAUUAAACCCCUCUUUGCUAAUAAGCCUUUGUAUGUGAUGGCAAACAAGACUGACAUCAUUAGUAAAGAAGAUUUGGAUGAAGAUCGGAAAAAGAUAUUUGAAGAUAUUGAGAAGGAUGGAGUCCCUGUGUUCUGGACAAGCACAGUUUCUGGUAUUGGAAUCAUGGAAUUGAGAGAGGAUGCUUGCGAUAAAUUAUUGCUCCAUCGUGUGGAUGCAAAAAUGCGAGGAAAAAAAGUCGGAAAUAUAUUGAACAGAUUGAGAGUUGCUCAACCGACACCUAGAGAUGACAAGGCAAGACCUCCGUGCAUUCCUGCCAAAAUUCUAGCUAAGCGAGCUGCAGCUGCAAGAGGACAGGAAGUCGACCCGUUGCUAGGCGAAGAAGCGGUUGCCAUGGAUGCUGAUGAUGUCAUAACAACAAGAAAAACUGAACGAGAUAUUGAAAUUGAAAUGGAUGAUGAAUAUGUGAUUGAUUUGCAAAAAUGGUGGGACCUCAAGAACCCAGAUGAGAAGCAUGAUACGUUACCUGAGAUCUGGCAAGGCCAUAAUAUCGCUGACUAUAUUGAUCCAGAUAUCAUGGUUAAAUUAAAAUCCUUGGAAAAAGAAGAGGAAGAGAAGGAAGAAGCAGGAUUCUAUGAUGAUGAUGAGGAGUCCGAUGAUGAAGAAACCAAAGAAAUUCGUCAACUCGCUGCAAAAAUACGAGAGAAGAAGAAAAUCAGGAUGUUGGAGAGCCACGAGAAAAGAAAGAUUCAAAAACCUCAAGUCACUCGUCGAACGACAUCAGUGAACAAGAAACCAACUGAUUUAGAGAAUGAAAUGGGUGAAUUGGGGGUGGAAUUGAGGGGGAGAAAACAGGGUCACUUCCGAUCUCGUAGCAAGACUCGCAACCUGAAGAGAAAGAGAGAUCCUUCAGCGAUGGAUACUUCAGUAGCUCGCGCAAACUCAAGAGUUAGAAGUCAAUCAAGAAAUAGAGACGAGAGUGGAAUCAGAGAUCCUGUGAUGAGAGAGAAAGCUCGCAAACUUGCGAAGAUAUCACAGCGUAAGAUGAUUCAGAUGGGCAAAGCCGGGGAAUCUGAUCGACACAUCCAUGAGAAGAGACCGAAACAUCUUUUCACCGGAAAGCGAGGAGUUGGAAAAACUGAAAGGCGUUAAUUUUUGUCAA